UUGCUUCCGGGUUGUAGUUUAGUUGGCAGUCGGCUACUGUGUUGGUAUGAUGGCAGUUGUUCCAGCUCAGUCUCUUCGGGUCUCCGAAAUCAAAGACCCGACGAUCUUGUUUGAACGUUAUAACACCGAAGAGAUUCGAGCGAUAGAGCGCAGGGUACGUGGUGAAAUAGAGCAAAAAAAGGAGGAACUUCGUCAGAUGGUCGGCGAGCGCUACCGGGAUCUCAUAGAUGCUGCUGACACCAUUGGCGAGAUGAGGCAGUGUUCCGAAAGUGUCGUGAAAUCCAUCCAAAACAUGUACAGUUAUUGCAACAAGUUAAAACAAACGAAAACCUCACCUCAGAUUAACAGCAAAGAAGAGACCCAAAAGCAGUCCCAGGAGAAAUUCUACACCAUGGCAGCACAAACCAAGCUGCUCUUGGAAAUUCCAGAGCGGAUCUGGAGUGCCAUGGAAUCCUCCCAGUACCUGCAGGCUACCCAGCUCUACCUGCUCUGCUGUCACCUGCACAGCCAGCUCCACCUGGAGGGCGGAGGACCACACUACAGCCCGGUGCUCACACGCUUCCCCAUCCUGGUGAGACAGGUGGCAGCGGCAGGACACUUUCGGUCCACCAUUCUGCUGGACAGCAAGUCUCUGCUGCGUGGCCGCGCCGUGUCGGACCAGGCCAUCGCCGAGGCGCUGGUCUCCACCAUGCUCCUGGAGGACAGCUCGCCGCGCCAGGCACUGGCAGACUUCCUGCUGGCCCGCAAAGCCUCCAUCCAGCAGCUGCUCAACCAGCCUCAGCAUGGUGCUGGCAUCAAGGCCCAGGUGUGCUCUCUGGUGGAGCUGCUGGUCACCACGCUGUACCAGGCAUACGCCGUGUUCUACAUGCCCCCGGAGGGUAGACUGGCAGAGACGGGCCUGGGCUCCGGGCUGCUCUUCACCACCCUGGAGAACGUCACGUCCAGCACGCCUGCCGCUAAGGGAAAGAAGGUCCUCCAUGAAGAUAUGAGCGCGGGCAGCUGGUUUAAGUACCUGCCCCCAUCUGUGACGGACUUCCAGCCCACCCUGCGCACCCUGGCCCAGCCUAUCCAGAGUGAACAGCUGCGCGACACCCUGCAGCAGUGGAUCGACACGUGUAAGGAGGACAUCCGCAGCGGUGUGAGCAGCUUGCUGGUGUUCGUACGGAGCCUCAAGGGCCUGGCGUCCAUCCGGGACGGCGUGUGGGACCUGCUGUCCAGCGAGUCCAUCAGCCAGCACUGGGCCACCGUGUGCCAGGGCCUCCUGGACAAGCCCCUCUCCCUCUGGGACGACCUGCUGCAGCAGCUCUUCCUUCAGCGCCUGCAGGCGAUCACCCGUGAGGGAACUGAGAGUAUCUCCAGUAGCUGUAAGCAGCUGUUAACCUCUGCCCUGCAUGACUUGGAGACCCAGCCUUCGUCGUCAUCUCUGUCCUCCUCGCUGUCCUCCUCCUCCUCCUCUUCCUCCUCCUCCGGCGGGGGGGGCUUCGGCCGGGGGGCCCAUUUCGAGAGCGACGUGGCGGCCUUCCUGUGGUCGGAGUCGGCGGGCGACCUGCAGAGCGACACGGCCUGGGUGAGCGUGGCGCAGCGCGCCCAGCAGCAGCAGGCCAAGAGCGGCCUGUCCAUGAAGACCCAGGCGCUCACGCCCUGCGUGCAGAACUUCUGCUCCGCGCUGGACGCCAAGCUCAAGGCCCAGCUGGACGACCUGCUGCACUACCUGCCCGCCGAGAAGAACGGCAAGGACGCUGGCGCCAACGCCGCCGCCCCGUCUUCCUCGAACGCCUCUCUCCCCGGACACACUAGGACCUCGUCGUCGUCGUCCUCGUUGUCGGCGUUCAACCGGUUCCGCGACGCCGGGGCCGUGGAGGAGACGCUGAGAGAGCACUGCCUGUCGUGCGUGCGGGACGUUCUGGCCAGCGUGCGCUCGGAGCUGGCCUCCGCCCAGGACAGGUGCGCGGGGGGCGCCGGCCCCGGUUCCGGCCCGCACCGCCUGGGCUCGGUGCUCUUCAUGGCGCGCCUGUGCCAGUCCAUGGCCGAGCUGUGCCCGAGCCUGCGGCAGUGCAUUCUGGGAAAGCAGCAAGGGGUGGCGGAGGCCCCGGGAAGAGGCACGCCCCGACAGGGCAGGAAGAUCGGCAAAGGGGGCGGGGCCAAGGCGGUAGAGGUCAGUCCUGCGCAGGCCAAGUGGGCGGGGCUGAAAGAGGAGCUUCUCAGCUGCUGCAUGGAGGCGUACCGCAUCUGGAGUGCGGCUCUCUCGAAGGCGGUGGUGGGGCGCUUCUCGGUCGCGCUGCACAGCGACUCGGCCGGAGCCAUCCUGGCCACCUCCACCAACUGGGACGAGUUAGAGAUCCAAGAGGAGGCGGAGUCCGGAAGCAGCGUCGUGUCCAAGAUCCGCCUCCCGGUUCAGCCCUCCUGGUAUGUGCAGUCUCUCCUCUUCCACCUGUGCCUGGAGGUCAACCGGGUCGGAGGUCACGCUCUCCCAAAGGUCACGCUGGUGGAGCUGCUGAAGGGCUGUCUGGAGCAGCUCCUGGGCCAAUACGAGACGCUCACCCAGAACUGCAAGAGCAAGGACGUGGCGUUCCUCAUGACCCAGAACCGAGCGCUGCAGCUGCUGUUUGACGUGCGGUACCUCAGCGCCACGCUCGGGGCUCGCCUGGACGAGGGCAAGAGCUCCCGCAACCAGCAGGACCCCAGGGUCCAGGAUGUGUGUGAUUCCCUGGAGGGCCACAUCGACCCGUUUGACCUUGACGUAUUCACUCCUCACCUGAACAGCAACCUCAACCGCGUAUCUCAGAGAACUUCAGUGCUCUUAGGCCUGCUGGCUGGCACAGAGAAGCAGUUCAGUUCCCGGGGCAACACCGUCAACACCCAGGAGCCUUACAACAUCCUGCCGCUAGCCAGCAGCCAGAUCCGGUUUGGGCUGCUGCCACUCAGUAUGACCAACUCUCGCAAAGCCAAGUCUGCCACACGGGGCACGGACAUUACCAGGCCACUGGCAACACCAGCUUCUUCAACUCCUGCGCCCCAAGACAGCUUCCGCCCUGGCAACCUGUUCAGACAGCUAGCCAAUCAGGAUGAGGAACAGUCUGGCUCCUCCCUCUUUAAACUGGGUUGGCUGUCCAGCAUGUCUAAAUAAUGAUAUUUAACUCGAGGGUUAUGGGUUUUUAAACGUGUAUAAAAGGCUGUACAAAAUAAUAUAUAAAUACAUUUUGAAAUUGUUAA